ACUAGCUCUUGGAAAAACUCUACGCUACGGAUGGAAAUUACCACAGGAGAAAUUUGCGGCACGUUCUUUGAAUACUAUUCGCGGAUGCUAACGCCCAGCUGUAUCGAGUCGUUCAGCAGACGAGAGAGAGAGAGAGAGAGAGAGAGAGAGAGAGAGAGAGAGAGAGAGAGAGAGAGAGAGAGAGAGAGAGAGAGAGAGAGAGAGAGAGAGAGAGAGAGAGAGAGCGAGAGAGAGAGAGAGACGGGCUAGCUGAGGCGCGUGACAUCGAUUGAUAUUACAAUUAGGUCAGUUCGUGGGCAGCAAGCGUCGCAACGCCCAAUGAAAGACUACGUGCAGCCCCCUACCCUACUGCUCGUGGUGCAGCAGUGUCGUAAAAUGAAAUAAUCCCCCAUGCCGUAUGGCGGCGGACAAGCGCACUAUGAGUAUGACGCAGGGUGAGGCAUCAGCGAUGCUAUGGACUCGCCACCCAGACCUUGCUCUACGGAUACUCGCCCUAGUCGCGAUCUGCUGUUGCAAGGCUGCGGCCGACUCUAGCUCACUGAGUACUGUCGGCAGUGUCGUACACAUCAUCAACGCUACGGUGAUUGCAAACGAGAUGGUGCGGCCAGGUCAGAUUAGCUGCUACCACGACACAACAAUGGACACGGUUGCGCUGGGCACCAACAGUACAUUUGUGUUCCUACAGGUACUGAACCACCAGACUAGUAUCAUACAGCUCAGCUCAUCGCCAUAUCUCACACAUAAGUUUACUCCCGAUGAUGACGAUAGCCUGAUACUCUGCCAGGACAUUGCCAGCCCACACCUAGAAGCCCUGCAUGAGCAUAACACCCAGUUCUACUCGACUCUGCCACCUGUGUACAGGCUAAAGGUUCAAUAUCCGGUUACGUUUGACUCUGCAAAGCACAAAAUCCUCUAUCCAGAACCACUGGAUAGGAUCCAGUGUCCGUACACUGGCUCAGAGCCGGUCCACUAUCGGUUCCACAUGAACAAUGUGGGUCCAUACGGUUGCCUUCACCCGUGUUCGAGCUGCAAUCACUCCGACCCCUGCUUCACCGUGAGCAUCGAGCAGCAGCAGGCAUGUCACACAGCUCGUGAUUCGGACUGCUUUGAACGCACCGAGCGUGAAGACACGAUCGUCAUCAAGUUUGGCUGUUAUGGGUGCAUGACAUGCAGUGCUACCAACAUUGUGAAUGGAACCGAAACAACAGCCGAAUGGAGCUACAUGCUCUCCAAGCCAAGACAGUCUAAGAUUGCACCCUGCACACCAACAGAUGACAUCACCACCAGGUUUCUCAUCGAGCCGCCGAUCAUCACACCCUCAUCAAACGUAACGGUGGGAAUACCGCUGGUGAACAUCACGUUCCACUACACCUGUCGCAACUUCACCUAUUUCAAUCUACACCACAGCAAUGACUGGAUCUCUGUGUCAGCCACUGACAUUGACCAGCAGCACUAUAUUAUCUACAACAACACUAUCUCCUACAUGGAGUGCAUAUUCAGCACGACCCUGAGCAUCUUCAAUCCGACGGUAGCUCAUGACGGAACGUUCUACUUUGACUUCGUGACAUCGCAGGACAAUCAAAACCACCACUAUGAGAAUGUGACACUGCAUGUCACCAAGCGAACAUGUCCUCUUGGCAUCUCACCACCGCUACCGUGUCGAACGCACGAGGAGUGCGUUAUGGACUGGGAGAACAAGCCAACGUGUAACUGUGAGGAUGGAUAUGUGGGCAAGGCGUGCCAAUAUCGUUGUCCUGAACAUGAUUUCAACGAGAAUCAAGUCAACAGUAGCAUAGUACUCCCAGCGGACUGCGGACAGGUGGCCGUUCAGUUGGUCUGCCUGAACGCCAGUGUCAACCAGGUGGUGCGCUGGCAGCCCACCACCCUCCUGCUGAGCAGCUUUGGGCGAGAGGUCUCCAUCUACGAGCGUGUGGUGACACGACCGAUUCACUACACGUGCUUGGACAAGGAUACGGGUGAUGUUCUCGGACACGUUUCUGUUCUUACUGCAAACAAGCCAGUGUUGAUGCCUGGCCAGCAGGUCACGAUACACGUUGACAACAGCUCACAGACACUCGUGACCAGGAUCAACGUGGACCUGACGAAAACAUUUGGACCCGGACCCCUCGUGUACAGGUGGCGUGCCAUGUCCGUUGGGGAGCUAUGUGGCUGGCCAGGGGAGGACGUCUGUGUGCUGAAGAGUGAUCCUGAAGAGCUUCACGUUGUACAUCUGAAACACUGCUCAGGUCAAUAUCAAGGGUGUGUUGAGAAUAACUAUGGGGAAACGUGCAUCAUGGUGCAUGUAAUCGUCAAUUCAUCUAACUGCGACCUGGACCCUGUCCUGUUGGGACCAUUCUCUCACCAGCCGGCCUAUGUAGCGAACAUCACUGCCGGCGGUGAGCACGUGGAGAACGCAUUGUUCUACUUUGACUAUGUGGCCAGUGGGGACUUACAGCUGAUGUCACACAGUGUCAACUCUUCCAGUGAUGCUAUAUUGCCAGCCGUGAUCGCCGGUGGCGACAACACGACCAGCCCGGUUGAAAGCCUGCACUGCUGCCAACGAGCCAUCAUGGCGGCUGGAAGUACCUACAAGAUCUGCACGAUACCGGAACGUAAUAAAACGAAACAGUGCUUCAAGGGCCUGGUCUCUACUCCGGCGCUAGUGCGCGAAGUCAUACCCGUGUCCCACUUGACUGUACAGCGAAUGGUCGGUAUCGGCGUUGGAGUGUUGCUUGCUCUCCUGCUGCUCAUCAUCACCCUGGUUACCGUACGCCGCCGAAAGUGGAAUACCACCACAGCACUAACAGAGAGCGAGGGUCUCGAUUUGGUGGAUUCCGAUUCAGAUGAUGAGAUUAAAGAUUCUCCAGUGUCUCACGAGAUUGUUGUACCAAGUCGAAAGUCCAAGGUGAAAGGGCAAAGGAAUGGCGUUGCGGGCAGUCAUCAUGCCAAUACCAGCCGCCAGAGAGGCAGCAGCACAGCAACACUGUACGCCGAUGGUGUGAUACCGGUGGAGCCCAAUGAAAAGUCAACUCUUGCGAGGUCAUCUCCAGGCACGCCCAGUGCAACUCUUGCAAGUGCUGGCAAAACAAAAGAAGAGCAAAGUCCGCAUGCGGCAGCGACAGCGAUGCUUAAUGUGGCAUUCUCCGGUAUAUCGGAGCAUCUAGCAAAGCCCGAAGAAGAGGAAGAGAGGAGUGCGACGGCAACACUGAUGUCUGUGAAGGAAACAUCAAGAGAUCGCUCAGUGCAGAGACCCACUACACAUCGUGAUGCAACGGCAAUGCGAACACGUGAUGGAACUCUGGACAAGACAAGUUAUGCUUUCCAUAAUCCACCCUCACCAGGCAUGCGCAUGACAGCCAAACCAGGGAGAGAAUGUGACGUAGAGAUGAAUGGCUUCAGCUAUGAUGAGCGGUUACUGAAACCUCCAACGUUUUCACCAUUUCUUCCAGCGGACCCAGAGAGCAACCAGAGUGUCUCCACUGUCCAGGAGGACACCGGCAAGAUGCUGGAUGAGGAGCAGGACGGUGAGGGUGAGGGUGGUGAUGGUCGCCGUGAGCUACGUAGGAUUGACGGCACUAUGCAUAGCACCGUACAGCGCUCCAUGCAGCUGAUGCAGAAGACCGACCAGGACAAUAUACAGCAAGCCAGCGUGGUGGAGUAUGCCUGUAAUUUUGCCGGCAUGACCAGCGCCGAACCUGUCCUUUAUGGACAAAUGCCGGCAGAGAGCAAUGGAGAUGACGGGUACAGAGCUGAUGAGGAUGAUACACGCACCAUGGAUCAAACUGUGCUAUAAGGGUGCAACACUUCACCACUGCCAAGCAACUAUGCUCACAGCAGAGACUUCUGUGUGUGUUCUUGUUGUGAAAGUGGACCACAAAGACUGAUCUCCGCCUGUGUCCGGAAUUUCUUUGUGAUUGCACAAGCUAUCAGGCUGAACUGGUAAGGUGCUCUGCUCUGCACAAGACCAAGUGAUGAGUCAACAGGAGGCGUGAUCGGCCUGACGGCGGAUUUCCUACUCGUCAACUAUUCUCAUAUAGGUUUAGGAUUGUUGUGGGGAGGACAAAGCCACCGUCUGCCGUUCUGGUCAGCAAGUCAGGAGAUCGCUGUCGUGGCUACACAUGUACUAUGCUAGGGUGUUUGCCGCGUUGCAACUUAGCACGGGACUGAACCAAGAUCACCCGGUAAACUCUGAAUAAUUCAAUAAGGCGGUAAAGAAGCUACACUGGUGUUCAGAGUAGGACCUGCUGGUUUUACGCUUGUAAGUGAGUCAGUACUCAGUACUCAGUAGUCGCCAACAUGACUCACUGACUUGUGUAGUCAUGUAUGCAGAGAGGAAUCAUCAUGAUUCAUGCCCCCCCCCCCCCCCCCCCCAGACUCCUGUAUGAAUCUCACUCCAUUCUUGAUGAUCAAUCAGUCAUUAUGUUAUUAUUGUAUUGCUCGUUCUCUGGCGGACAGCCAGCUGCUUCGACCUAGUUAGAGGUUCUGUCAGCGGUGGACCCCGCGAUGAUGCAUUGCGGUAUUGCUGUAUGACUGCUGCCAUCUUGACUUCCUGCAAAUUGUGCAAUCCAUACGCUGCAUGCAUUGUUGAAAACAUGACCUUGCUGCUGGUUACACUGGUGGUUUGUCACCACGUUGCUCACCGGCGACAAAUUCUUAUCCUUGUUGAUUAGGAUACGAGUGCUAUCUUCCUUAUUCCUUUGCUCACGCUGACACACAAUCUA